GCGGCGCGCGCCGGCCCCGGGCCCGCUCCCGCCCCGCCCCUCCCGCGGUCACGUGACGCGGGCCCCCAGCGCUCGCGUGCGAACCGGGCGCCCCGCGCGCGCCCCCCCGCGCGCCGCCCGCCGCCGUUUCGGUUUCAUUUCCGGCGGCCUCGGGCCCGGAGCGGCGGCGCCGAACGGAGCCCCCGGCGCUGCCCACCCCUCCCGCCCAGGGCGGCCACACCCCCGGGCUCGGCGUGAACCGAGCCCCCCCGCCCCGCACAGACACACCGCUCCUCCCCCGCCUGCGCCGGCACAGAGAAAGGGAAGGGAGGCGGCGCCGGGCCCGGGUCUCCCGCACCGCGCACAACAUGGAGGAGCUGGUGGUGGAGGUGCGGGGCUCCAACGGGGCCUUCUACAAGCCUUUCUCAGACUUGAUUAUCCACCGAGUUCCCUUUUGACAUUCUCCUUCCAACAGGCAUUUGUAAAGGAUGUGCAUGAAGAUUCAAUAACAGUUUCAUUUGAAAACAACUGGCAACCAGAGAGACAAAUCCCAUUCCAUGAUGUGAGGUUCCCACCACCUGCAGGCUAUAAUAAAGACAUAAAUGAAAGCGAUGAAGUAGAGGUUUAUUCCAGGGCAAAUGAAAAAGAACCCUGCUGUUGGUGGUUGGCUAAAGUGAGAAUGAUAAAGGGUGAGUUCUACGUAAUAGAAUAUGCAGCCUGUGAUGCUACAUACAACGAAAUUGUCACAAUUGAGCGUUUGAGAUCUGUGAACCCCAAUAAACCCGCAACAAAAGAUACUUUUCAUAAAAUCAAACUCGCAGUUCCUGAAGAUUUAAGGCAAAUGUGUGCCAAAGAAUCUGCACAUAAGGACUUCAAAAAGGCAGUUGGAGCUUUUUCUGUAACAUAUGAUUCUGAAAACCACCAGCUUAUUAUUUUGUCAGUCAACGAUGUAACCACAAAGCGGGCGAACAUGCUGAUUGAUAUGCACUUUCGGAGUCUUCGCACCAAGUUAUCCCUGAUACUGAGAAAUGAAGAAGCCAGCAAGCAGCUGGAGAGUUCUAGGCAACUUGCAUCCCGGUUCCAUGAACAGUUUGUAGUACGUGAAGACCUAAUGGGUUUGGCCAUUGGCACUCAUGGUGCUAAUAUUCAGCAAGCCAGAAAAGUCCCUGGAGUGACUGCCAUUGAUCUUGAUGAAGAUACUUGUACAUUCCAUAUUUAUGGAGAGGAUCAAGAUGCGGUGAAAAAGGCAAGAAGUUAUCUUGAAUUUGCUGAAGAUGUCAUACAAGUUCCAAGGAAUUUAGUAGGAAAAGUAAUAGGAAAAAACGGAAAACUGAUUCAGGAGAUAGUGGACAAAUCUGGCGUUGUAAGAGUGAGAAUUGAGGCUGAAAAUGAUAAAAAUAUUCCACAAGAAGAGGGCAUGGUACCAUUUGUGUUUGUAGGAACCAAGGACAGCAUCACUAAUGCAACUGUUCUUCUGGAUUAUCAUCUUAAUUAUUUAAAGGAAGUAGACCAGCUGCGUUUGGAAAGAUUGCAAAUUGAUGAGCAACUGCGACAGAUUGGAGCUACUUCCAGGCCCCCCCCAAACCGUACGGAUAAGGACAAAGGGUACAUGACCGACGAUGGGCCGGGCCUCGGCCGUGGCAGCCGCCCCUACAGGAACCGUGGGCACAGCCGGCGUGGACCAGGAUAUGCUUCCGGAACUAAUUCUGAAGCAUCAAAUGCUUCUGAAACAGAGUCCGAUCACAGAGAUGAGCUGAGCGAUUGGUCGGCAGCCCCAGCAGAGGAGGAGCGGGACAAUUACCUGCGCAGGGGGGACGGGCGGAGGCGUGGCGGCAGCACCAGAGGCCAAGGCGGGAGGGGGCGUGGAGGAUUCAAAGGCAAUGAUGAACAGUCACGAACAGAUAACCGUCAGCGUAACUCAAGAGAGGCAAAAGGGAGGACAGCAGACGGGUCUCUUGAGAUCAGAGUUGACUGCAAUAAUGAAAGGAGUGUCCACACUAAAACAUUACAGAAUACCUCGAGCGAAGGCAGCCGGCUGCGCGCGGGCAAGGAGCGGAACCCGAAGAAGGAGAAGGCAGACAGCGCAGACGCUCAACAGCCGCUGGUGAACGGAGUCCCCUAAACUGCAUAACUCUGAAGUCAUAUUUCCUAUACUGUUUCAGUAAUUCCUAUUCCAUGUUAGAGAAACUUGUUAGGCCAAAGACAAAUAGUAGGCAAGAUGGCGCAGGGCAUGAAAUGAACAUAUGUUCUCUGUUAGCCUUUUUUAACAUCAACAGUAUGCAGUUGUUUUCAGAAUAAGAAGUUAUUCAAAUAUUUGCAUAAAAAUACCUGAACUUCCGAAAAUCGCUUCCAAGUACAUAUUGCAGUUCAAACGAUGAAAGAUUCUUUUUUGUUUGUUUUAAAAAUACUGAGCUGUGCAUUGGUAAACUUUCUGUUCUGAUGUACCAUUUUAACACAUCGGGUCAAAUUCACUGCUCAAUUUCAAUUUUCAGAAUAAAUAGUGUUUGCAGUAAUCAAA